AGGACUCCCAUGGCGCAUUUUGUGUUUGAGAGUGACCUGCACACUCUGCUUCAGCUAGACGCACCCAUCCCCAAUGCACCUCCAGCUCGCUGGCAGCGUAAAGCGAAGGAAACGGCGGGGCCGACCCCUUCGCCCAUGCGGGCUGCCAACCGAUCCCACAGCGUGGGCAGGACUCCAGGCCGAACUCCUGGCAAAUCCAGCUCCAAAGUUCAGAUCACUCCCUGCAAAGCUGGUGGUGAUCGAUAUAUCCCCCACCGUAGUGCUUCCCAGAUGGAAGUGGCCAGUUUCCUCCUGAGCAAGGAGAACCAACCUGAAGACAACCAGACGCCCACAAAGAAGGAGCGUCAGAAAGCCUGGGCCUUGAACUUGAACGGUUUUGAUGUAGAGGAAGCCAAGAUCCUUCGGCUCAGUGGGAAACCCCAGAAUGUCCAAGAAGGUUACCAGAACCAACUGAAAGUACUUUAUAGCCAAAAGGCCACACCUGGCUCCAGCCGGAAGACCUGCCGUUACAUUCCUUCCCUGCCAGAUCGGAUUCUGGAUGCUCCUGAAAUUCGGAAUGACUACUACCUGAAUCUUGUGGACUGGAGCUCUGGGAAUGUAUUGGCUGUGGCACUGGACAAUAGUGUAUAUUUGUGGAAUGCCAGCUCUGGUGACAUUUUGCAGCUGCUACAAAUGGAACAUCCUGGAGAAUAUAUAUCCUCGGUGGCCUGGAUCAAAGAGGGCAGCUAUCUGGCUGUGGGCACCAGUAAUGCUGAGGUCCAGUUAUGGGACGUGCAGCAGCAGAAACGGCUUCGAAAUAUGACCAGUCACUCUGCCAGAGUAGGCGCCCUUAGUUGGAACAGCUAUAUCCUGUCCAGUGGCUCGCGCUCUGGCCACAUCCACCACCAUGAUGUCCGAGUAGCCGAACACCAUAUAGCCACACUGAGUGGACACAGCCAGGAAGUGUGUGGGCUGCACUGGGCCCCAGAUGGACGACAUUUGGCCAGUGGUGGCAAUGAUAAUGUCGUCAAUGUGUGGCCCAGUGCUACUGGAGAAGGUGGUUGGGCUCCCCUGCAAACAUUUACUCAACAUCAAGGAGCUGUCAAGGCUGUAGCUUGGUGUCCCUGGCAGUCCAGUGUCCUGGCAACAGGUGGGGGCACCAGUGAUCGACACAUUCGCAUCUGGAAUGUCUGCUCUGGAGCCUGUCUGAAUGCCGUGGAUGCCCAUUCUCAGGUCUGCUCUAUCCUCUGGUCUUCCCACUAUAAGGAGCUCAUCUCAGGUCAUGGAUUUGCUCAGAACCAAUUGGUUAUUUGGAAGUACCCAACCAUGGCUAAGGUAGCUGAGCUCAAAGGCCACACAGCCCGGGUCCUAAAUCUGACCAUGAGCCCAGAUGGGGCCACUGUGGCAUCAGCAGCAGCAGAUGAGACCCUGCGGCUAUGGCGCUGCUUUGAAUUGGACCCUGUACGACGGCGAGAACGGGAGAAGGCAAGUGUAGCCAAAAGCAGCCUCAUUCACCAAGGCAUCCGCUGA